UUAUAUCUUUUGGGUGGUCUCCUUACCUCCCCCUCUCUCUUCUCUCGAGAGGUCCCAGAGCCAUUAUCAAUGGCGGUUAUGAAACCCUAGCAACAUUCCUCUUCUUGCUUCAUCGUUAGCUAUUAAUCAACCACUUCAUCUAUUACCGCAUUUCUUCUUUUCAGAAACGUAACCAUUGAAAAAUCUGAAUUCAAUUCAUCGAACCUCGGAACUUCUCGAAUCUCCUCAAGCCACUUAUUGUUCGUUCGUCGAAUCUGAUUUUGUUCCAUGUUUUGCACGAAUUUCUACAUUCAUAGGGGUUGAAUGCCUCUCCAAUGCUAUAUUAUAGUUAGAGUCAGUUUGAAACCCUAGAUUUUGCUUUGAGAAGUGUCUGGAUUUAGGUUUCUGCUUUCAUUUUUUUGGUUGAUACUUCAAUGGAACCUCCUCCGGUUGUUAGAUCGAGAGGUCGACCGAGGAAAAGGAGGAAUAAUGACCUUCAAGAUGGUAACGACGAUGCGAAAUCGGCUCUUGAAUCGUGUAAGCGGCGCCCUGUGGCCUUGUUGGGACGAUAUCUGCUGAAAGAGUUCAAUGGGAGUGGAAAGUAUCUUGGAAAAGUAGUAUAUUACGAGGAAGGACUGUAUAGAGUAGUUUACGAGGAUGGCGAUAGUGAGGAUUUAGAGAGUGGAGAAAUUCGUGGGUUGUUAAUUGGGGAUUCUUAUCUUGACGAUGGAUUGAGUAAGAGAAAGAAGCGUUUGGAUGAUUUGGCAGAUAGGAUUAAGGCGAAGUGUGCAAACGGGAUGGGGAAGAACUCUACGGACACCUCUGACAAAUUGGAUCCAGUUGCAUCGGUACCCAGCAAGGUAAGCAGUGAGCAUAUAAUGCAAAAUGAUGCUGAAGAAGUUGAAGCUGACGUUGAAUCUUCUAGUGAUUCACUUGAGUCUGUUAGGGACCGGGAUUCUGAAUUUGGAGAUGAAAAUCUACUUAUCCCACCACCAGAGUUUCCUCCAUCUUCUGGAACCAUUGGGAUCCAAGAGCAACACGUUUCACACCUUUUAUCUGUCUAUGGUUUCCUGCGAUCAUUUAGUGUCCGCUUAUUCCUGUUUCCAUUCAGUUUGGACGACUUCGUGGGGUCACUUAAUUGUGGUGUAGCGAAUACCUUGUUGGAUUCCAUUCAUGUUGCUCUGAUGCGCGCCUUACGCCGGCAUCUUGAAGUUCUUUCUUCAGAUGGCUUAGAAAUCGCAUCAAAAUGCUUGAGGCACUUCAAUUGGAACCUGCUAGAUUCACUCACAUGGCCUGUUUAUUUGGUCCAAUACUUAACUGUUAUGGGACAUGCAAAAGGUCUGGAAUGGAAUGGUUUUUACAAGCAUGCUCUAGGUAAUGAGUAUUACUCCAUCCCUGCUGGUCGAAAGCUUUUGGUUCUACAAAUUCUUUGUGAUGAAGUAUUAGAAUCUGGGGAGCUUAGAGCAGAAAUUGAUGCUCGUGAGAUAUCUGAAGUUGGACUGGAUUAUGAUGCUGGAGCUACAUGUCUGUCUGAAAAUGGGCCUAGAAGGGUUCAUCCCAGGUACCCCAAAACUUCUGCUUGCAAGGAUGGGGAAGCUAUGGAGAUAAUUGUAUUGAAUAAUGGGACGAAGUCUUAUUCAGACCAAAAUUUUUCGGGUUUAAAAGGUGGUAGUAACGGUGACUUGGAUGUGACUGCUGUUGAUGCGAACAGAAAUAGCGAUGAGUGUCGACUCUGUGGGAUGGAUGGGAGUUUGCUUUGUUGUGAUGGGUGCCCAUCAGCAUACCAUUUGAGAUGUAUAGGCAUGGUGAAGGUACUUAUACCUCAAGGGCCAUGGUAUUGUCCUGAAUGCAGUAUAAAUAAGAGUGAGCCAACUAUAACAAAGGGGUCAGCACUUAGAGGAGCAGAAGUUUUUGGCAUCGAUCCAUAUGAGCACAUUUUCUUGGGUAGUUGCAACCACUUGGUGGUGCUCAAGUCUUCCAUAAACUCUGAACCAUGUCUCAAAUAUUAUAAUCGAAAUGACAUUCUAAAAGUACUUCAUCUUCUUUGUUCUUCUUCUCAAUCUAUUGCUAUAUAUUAUGGCAUCUGUAAGGCCAUUAUGCAAUAUUGGGACAUCCCAGAAAAUCUCCUAGUUCUUCCUGAAGCAAGUGGUAUGGAUGUAGUUCCUGCCGAUUUAAGGGAAGAUACCAACUUAUAUGCUCAAUCAAAUCCUUCUGGUGAAGAACGUAAGGAACUUGAUAUGAUUGAGAACGGAAAUGACCCAGCUACGUGCAAGAGUGAAGUAAACAAUAAGUUGGGUACCUUGCAUGUGGAGACUUCACAGGAUCCACUUUCUCAUCCGACUGAUCGUGGAACAAUGCCACCUGAGUGUGUAGGAAAAAGUGUGCUAUCUAAUGGAUUUAACGUGGACUCUCUUACUUCUAAUAUUAGCAGGCCAAAUAAUUUAACUGACAUUGCUUGCCCAAAUAUGGUUGAUAUUUCGAGCACAACAGACCUUUCAAGUUCUUCAGGAAAUAAAUCCUUUAGUCAUAUUAGGAAUGCUAAUGCCUCUAUUUCAUUGAAUCUAUCCCGUCAAAGCCAAAACGGUGGUCUUUUGAGUCAUGGAAAAGUGAAGGGUGAUAUCAAGUCAACUAGUAGUUGUGCUUACAUGGGCUCCCAAUAUAAGCCUCAGGCAUUUGUAAAUCACUAUGCCCAUGGAGAAUUUGCUGCAUCAGCUGCUCAUAAACUGGAUGUUCUAACAUCAGAAGAAACUCGGGUUACGGGAAUCAAUGCAUCUGAUAAGAGAAAUAGUUCUACUGCAUCGUAUGCUUUAUUGCAAGCAAAGGCUUUUUCACAAUCAGCCUCACGCUUCUUCUGGCCAACGUUUGACAAGAAGCUCAUGGAGGUACCAAGGGAGAGGUGUGGUUGGUGUCUUUCAUGUAGAGCCACUGUCUUAAGCAAGAAAGGAUGUUUGUUGAAUCACGCUGCAUUGACUGCUACCAGAAGUGCUAUGAAAAUCCUUUCUAGCCUCCGUGUUGGGAAGAAUGGAGAAGGAAAUCUACCUUGCAUAGCUGUGUACAUUCUGUAUAUGGAGGAGAGUUUAAGGGGUCUUGUUGGAGGUCCAUUCUUGAAUGCAAGCUACAGAAAAAAAUGGCGUCAUCAAUUAGAAUCAACUUUGAGUUGCAGUUUAAUCAAAAUUCUCUUGCUUGAACUUGAAGAAAACAUUCGUUGUAUUGCUCUUUCUGGUAACUGGUUUAAGCUCGUAGAUGAAUGGUUUUUAGAAACUUCAAUGAUUCAAAAUGCUCCGAGUGCUGUUGGUACAACAGUUCACAAGCGUGGGCCUGGGAGGAGAGGUAGGAAACAGUCUGUAUCUGAAGUUCCUUCUCAUGAUCGGUCCAAUGCCAAUUUUGUAUGGUUUCGAGGGGGGAUAUCGAAACUUGUAUUCCAGAGAGCAGCAUUGCCUCAAUUUAUUGUUGCUAAAGCCGCUCGUCAAGGUGGCUCAAGGAAGAUUGCUGGUAUACACUACACUGAUGGUUCCGAGAUUCCUAGAAGGAGCAGACAGCUUGUAUGGAGAGCUGCUGUUGAAGCGAGUAAGAAUGCAUCUCAACUUGCUCUUCAGUUGAGGAACCUAGACUUUCAUUUGAGAUGGAAUGAUCUGGUCCGGCCGGAACAAACCUUUCAGGAUAUGAAAGGUCAAGAGACUGAAGCUUCUGUUUUCCGUAAUGCUAGUAUUAGUGAUAAGAAAGUUGUAGAAAACAAAAUUACUUAUGGAGUUGCCUUUGGGAGUCAAAAGCAUCUUCCUUCUCGUGUUAUGAAGAAUGUCAUUGAAAUAGAACAGAAGCAAGAUGGAAAAGUUGCAUAUUGGUUUUCCGAAAACUGCAUCCCUUUAUAUCUGGUCAAAGAGUAUGAGGAAGGUUCUCUUCAAGUUAAUGUGUCACCACCCAAGGUGUACCAAAAUAUUCCGUACCAUUCACGAAGAAGAUGGGUGAAAUCCUACCAGAGAGAGAUAUUUUUCUAUCUCACAUGCAGAAGAGACAAUAUGGGCUUGUUGUCUUGUUCAUCGUGUCAAAUGGAGGUUCUUAUUAGGAAUGCAGUGAAGUGCAGCUUAUGCCGAGGCUAUUGUCAUGUGAGUUGUAUCGUGAGAUCAACAAUUUCUGCUACCGAGGAUGUUGUAGGCCCAAUCACAUGCAAUCAGUGUUGCCAUCUCAAAGCUCUUAAUCACAGUGGAAACAGUACUGAAUCCCCAACAAGUCCAUUACCUUUGCAAGGCAAAGGACAUCGAAGUUCGUCAACUGUACGCAAGAGUGUAAAGCCUAAAGGAUCUAACCAACUGCCAGUUACUCCUGUAAUCAAGUUGGACACCCGAACUGAGAAGAAACAAGCUACUUCUGUAAUCAAGCUGGACACUCGAUCUGAGAAGAAACAAGCUACUUCUGUAAUCAAGCUGGACACUCGAUCUGAGAAGAAACAAGCUACUACUCGUGAUUCUGGUUCGGCUCCAAAGAGCCAGAGGAGGAAUUGUUCCUGGGGUAUUAUAUGGAAGAAGAAGAGUGAUGAAGAUACCAUUGCCAAUUUCAGGCACAAUUAUCUUCUUUUAAAAGGCGGCGGAGAAUUACAUCAUAAGGAACCCGUUUGCCAUUUAUGCAGUAAGCCAUAUAGGUCCGAUUUAAUGUACAUCUGCUGUGAGGCUUGCAAAAAUUGGUACCAUGCGGAUGCCGUUGCACUAGAGGAAUCGAAAAUCUUCGAAGUUAUGGGCUUCAAGUGUUGUAGGUGUCGUAGGAUUAAAUCACCCGAAUGUCCUUACAUGGAUCCUAAACCUGAGAAACAAGAUGGGGGCAAGAAAACUCGUGCAAAGUUGUCAAAGCAAGAAAAUUCAGCGGUGGAAUGUAAUGAUUUGAUAACUGUUUCUGAUUCUACGAAGCUUGAGACAAGUAGUACUAUGCAGCCUAAGGAAGAAGAAGAUCCCUUCAUUUUCUCUCUUUCGAGAGUUGAGUUAAUUACAGAACCCAAUUCUGGAUUAGAUGACGAGUGGAAUGGAGCCGCUGCAGCUGGACAAGCAGCACCGCAGAAGCUACCCAUUAGAAGGCAGACAAAACCAGAAGACGAUUUGGAUGGUUUUUUGGAACCAUCCUUCUCUAUCCCUCACGAAACAGAUACACUUUUGAAGCCGGUAGAGGGAUCUUCACCAUUCUCGGAAUGGGACAAUUCUGCUCAUGGUCUGGAUGAGGCAGCAACCUUUGACUUCGCCGGCCUUAAUUUUGAGGACAUGGAUUUCGGACCUCAAACCUACUUCUCUUUUACGGAAUUACUAGCACCUGAUGAUGACGUUGAGUUUGGUGGAGUAGAUCCAUCAGGAGAUGCCUCAGGAGAUCUCAACAAUUCCUUUUCAAUUGUAGAUAACGAUAUCUUCAAUCAUGGUUCCGGUGAGCAACAUGAACCUGCAACGUCUAUUCCUAUGGUUGUGAACUGUCAAAUCUGUACAAACUCAGACCCCGUCCCCGAUCUCCUUUGCCAAGUGUGUGGACUUCAAAUACACAGUCAUUGUUCGCCCUGGGAUGAUGCUGCAUUGACUAUGGAAGAGCAAUGGUCAUGUGGUCGUUGCCGAGAGUGGCAAUAACUAGUUUCCGGUAUCUUGGAGGUUUUUGAGUUUUGUCGCUUCUAGUUUCUCGAGGUUCCAUUGGGCAAGAAGGAAGCUGGCCAAUUGAACAAACUACUAUGUAACAACAAAGAAGCAUAUGCUUGUAAAUCCACGUAAAUACUUAGGACCUGUUCUUGUUAAGCUGGACUGUCGAAGAUUCUCCGGUACGCUGGCCGACAUGCCUGAGGCUGUUCGUGGAAACAAUUAGCGUUCAGAGACUACGGGGGUUACCGGACUUGACAUUGAGCUUUAGAAUUCUCUACUAGAAAUGGCUUAGUUCUCUCUCUCCCCUCCUCUCGUCUCCAUUUUUCAAGAUUCCCAAAAUCUUUUCAUCAAAGUCAUCAUCUAACCAAUUUUCUUUCCUCCAACUCAAUUUUUUGGGAAUGUCUGGGAAUCAAAAUCAGCUUUAUUUAUGUGUAAGUGAGAUAAAAGCACGGUUUUAUGUGCUUUAUCUGUGAUUGAAUUGCCUGUACAAAUUGUGAUGGCCUUUACAACUAUCACUCUCAAAUUCAAAAGGCUUCUUGAUGAUAUCAAAAGCUUACACUUUCUUUCUA